UUCAAGGACAAGUCAAAAAAUAAUGAUGAAUGCGGGUUUAAUGCAUCAACAACCAACUGCCGUACCUAUGGUUAGUGCUGCAACUACAACUGCCAAUACAGGUUGUAUUCCUGUGCAGUUUUUUAAUGGUUUUUUGGAUGGUACCGAUGGUGGAUUAAUUCAUCAUCAUCAACAACAACAACAACAAGUACCAUUGCAACAAAUACUGCGUACACAAAUGCCAGGAAAUAUUUCAAAUGUUCCAGUUAUUAUACAACAACAGCAGCAACAGCAACACCAACAGCAGCAGCAGCAACAACAAAUGUUCAUGCGGCAGCAACAUGUACAUCCGCAACAUGGUGUUCCUACGAUACAGAAUUAUGCAGACAGCGUAGCGGUUGCAGCCGGAAUGAGACAAAUAUUACCUGGCGCUGUACCAUUUUCAUCCAACUUCUACGAGUAUCAGCCAGUUCAAACUAUGCAUAAUAUGCAUCCGCAGGUGAUAGACAAAACGUUGAUUCGAGAUGUUCCACAACAACAUGAUUAUUCGGGAAAUCCUAUACCAUCUUCAUCACAUCAUGCUACUGCAUCUGCUACUGAUCCAUGUGCGCAAAUUGCUCACGUUCUACAGUGCUAUCAGCAGGGUGGUGAAGAUGCUGAAUUUGUUCGAAAAGCAAUCGAAAGUUUGGUAAAGAAGUUGAAAGAUAAACGAAAUGAACUUGAAAAUUUAAUUACCGCUGUAACGUCAGCUGGGAAACAACCAACAUCCUGUGUUACCAUUCAGAGAUCGUUGGAUGGACGGUUACAAGUUGCAGGUCGAAAAGGUGUUCCACAUGUAGUUUAUGCUCGGAUUUGGCGUUGGCCAAAUGUUAACAAAAAUGAACUGCAAAAAUUACCAAUUUGUGCGGUAGCACCUGACAAUCAGGAUGUGAUUUGCAUCAAUCCAUAUCAUUAUGAACGGAUUGUAUCGUCAAGCAUUGGAAACAUUGACAUGUCGACUCUUCGUUUGGAUGCCUUAACUGCACCAUCAUCAUCAUCACAAGUCACAGUAGUAAAUCCACUGUCCAGUAAUGUUGCACCAGGACAGAUGACCCAAACGCAAAUUGCUUCACAACCGUUACCCAUUGAAGUAGAUUAUUUGCGAAGAGGAGAAAAAAGUUCUUAUUGUGAUGCGACAUCACCUGGAUCAUUAAGCAUGCUGCAAGGUGGUACCAACGAUGGCACUACUACUGAUGAACGGAAUGCUUGGCUGAAUCAGAACUGUGUUUUAUCAGCAGCAAAUUCAUCCGCUGCACAUCUCUACCAACAGCAUUCGCAAGACUACCAACAAAUCACCGAUUCAUGUAAUUACUCAACCGGCCGUUGUAGAUAUAAUUUGGAUUCAGUACGUUUGCCUACUACACCAAUGCCCGAUCAUUGGUGUUCCAUAUCAUAUUACGAAUUAGAUACACAAAUUGGUGAAACAUUUCGAGUUCGAAAAGAUCGAACAGAGGUAGUAAUUGAUGGUGGUGUUAAUCCAGCAGGAGCUAAACAUGGUCGAUUUUGUUUAGGAGCCUUAUCAAACGUACACAGAAGUGAAGCUUCCGAAAAAGCGAGGAAGGCAUUUCCUUCUUCUUUUCCUUCGCUGAUUUUUUUCUUUUUUCUUUUUUUGUUUGUUUUUCACUGUGAUGCAUGAAUAAUGAUCUUGCUUGAAGUGUCUAAAUGGCAAAUUUUUUCAUUUUCAUUAGGAAAUUUUUCAAGAGUACUUUUAAUUUCCAAACGAUAUUUAUUUAGAUUACACAUUGGGAAGGGAGUACGUAUUUCAACACAUCGUGAUGGUAGCGUAUAUCUCGAAUGCUUGUCGCACAAAUCAGUUUUCGUUCGAAGUUAUUACUUGGAUUUUGAAAACGAUAUUGAAUAUGGUACCAUUGUGCAUAAGUUUUGUUCUGGCUCGCCGAGCAAAAAAAUUUUCGAUCUACGCUGGGCUUUUGCGGAAAUGGAGCAUCAGAGCAAGUCUGCCCGUUUAGCUGUUGUAGCACAAGCUGCAGCAGUCGCUGGCUAUCUUCCUUCAGCAAAUAUUGCAUCAUCACUAAUUGAACAUGUUGGAACAGGCGUUGAUGAUUUGAGACGAGUAUGUUGUAUAAUUGCAAUAUCAUUUGUGAAAGGUUGGGGCGUUGGUUACAAUCGUACAUCAAUCAAGGAAACACCAUGUUGGGUUGAAUUACAACUUCAUCGACCACUACAACUUUUGGAUCAGUUACUAAAAAAGAACGAAUAUUGAUUGAUCCCUUAAAUUGUUAUUUGCAAUAAUUAUGAAAUCAUUGCAACUUCAUCAUUAUUAAUAUUAGCAGAUUUUUCCCAAAUCCAGUGUCAUAUUUUUAGGAACAGUGCCUUUUUAUUCCAGUUAUGUAUGUAUCUUUUGUGCAAGGUUUUCUUUCCCUGAACUGGAUUAAGAUGUAAUUCGAAAUCUCCCAUCAAUACCUGAUAUAAAAUAUUAUAUUCUGUAUGUUUUAUAUAUAGAACAAACAUCUACGACUGACCUGAUGCUCAAACACUGUUAGGAA